UGAGAGCUAGGGGAGCGGUAUUUGAAUAGCGUGGGGGCAUUCUCUAGUUUACGGCGUCGAGGAGGUCUGUUUUGUCUCACCUGUUUCUUUUGCGUUUGUUAUAGACCACACUACGUAAUCACAAUGGAAGUGCGCCCUGCUCGAAACAAUGUGAGGAACAUCACCACUAGAACAAAAGGCAUGGCAGGGGUUGGCCUAGCGCACAGGGCUGUGUUGGGAGAGCUCUCCAACGUUCCCAUCGCGGUCAGGACCGGACCUGCGCCUGGCAAGAAAGUGGCCCCGAAACCUCUACCAUCGGUUCAGCCAGUUGCUCGACAGCCCGAACGGGCUCCAGUGCUUCCAAAGCUUCCAGUCCCCAUAGAGACUGUUCCGGUCUAUCAAGAUGUCUCGAUGAAGGAGGAGGAGCUGUGUCAAGCGUUCUCCGAAGCUCUUAUUGAGGACAUUGAUGAAGGCGAUGGAGAUCAGCCACAGCUUUGCUCAGAAUACGUGAAGGACAUCUAUGCUUAUUUGCGGAGUCUCGAGUUGCAACAGACCAUUCGGGCGAAGUACAUGACCGGCUAUGAGAUUAAUGAACGCAUGCGCGCCCUCCUGAUCGACUGGCUUAUUCAGGUGCACUCCAGGUUCCAGCUGCUCCCGGAGACCUUGUACAUGACUGUUGCCAUCCUCGAUCGCUUUCUGCAGGUACAGCCAGUUUCCCGUCGGAAGCUGCAGUUGGUGGGCGUGACUGCCAUGCUUCUGGCAUCCAAGUACGAGGAGAUGUUUGCCCCAGAGGUGGGGGACUUUGCCUACAUCACGGACAACGCCUUCAGCCGCGCACAGAUCCGCGAAAUGGAGGUGCUCAUCCUCCGGGGUCUCAACUUUGAGCUGGGACGUCCACUACCGCUCCACUUCCUCAGGAGGGCAUCUAAGGCUGGGAAUGCUGACAUUGGGAAGCACACCCUGGCCAAGUACCUGUUGGAGCUGACCAUGACUGACUUCGAGAUGGUGCACUACCGUCCGUCAGAACUGGCAGCUGCUGCCUCCUGCCUCUCCCAGCUCGUGAUCGAAGGACAGAAAUGGACUCCCACGCAGCAGCACUACAGUACCUAUGAUGAGGCCCACCUCAAGCCCAUCAUGCAGCAUAUGGCCAAGAACGUGGUGAAGGUGAACGAGGGCCUCACCAAACAUGUGGCUGUGAAGAACAAGUAUGCCAGCCACAAGCUUAUGAGCAUCAGUCAACUGGAGCAGCUGAAGUCUUCAGUCAUCAAGGACCUGGCAGCUUCUCUGUUGACCAACUGAGAACAGAGGUUUUUUUUAUCACCUCCAACUGCACUUUAUUCUGUCCAUUUCAACCAGCCAGCUACCUGAUUGGGCAGGCAUUGCUGCUGCUUUUUUAAAGGUGUAAAUAUUUUUAAUAGACUGUACAAAUAAAUCAUUGGAUUAUAUUGAAACUGUUUUUAAUUUUUUACCUUUUACUUUUUAUUGCCUUGAAUCUUAAUGAGCUUAUUCAAUCAAUAUGUAUAGAUGUGAUUGUUUCAGUAAAAUGGGAGCAGCAAA